AUGAGCAGAAAGGAUACGCCUAUAGAACUAGCAGAUGACUGUAGUACAUCAAUCGAAUCGAGACAGUUCCAACCGGGUGGUUUCCUGGAUAAUCAGCUCCGCAGCUUGGGCCGUGGUCGGAAAGAACCCAUCAACGACACCAUCGAGGGUGAACUGUCCGAAAGCAAGGAAUUUGUUGAAGUUCUGGUCGGACCUGACCAAGAAAUCGAUACGUUUCCACUGCAGAGCUUAUGGAACCGACACUAUUUCAGGGAUCCCAAACAGGGCCUUCUUUUGAUUGAUUACAACAAAAGAGGGAUGUGGGAGCUCAAACAUCCUUCUCUGUUCGACAUCAAGCCGGACGAUUUCGUCUUCGUCGCAGAAUACCUGGAGAGUGAUGACUUCGGACAUCGGAACCCGCAAGAUGGCGAGGAAAUGACAGAGGCAUUCGCGCAAUGUGUUGCGGCAUGGGUCACCGCGGAGAAGUUGGGCAUGUCAGACAUGAUGGACCACACCGUUGAGAAGCUAGAGCGCUUGGAACCAGAAAUGCUGGAGAUCUUGGUGUUCUGUCGACAUGUUUACGCACGCGAGACAACUUCAAUCUCCCAUGAAUAUCUUAAGGGUCAUUUGGCCGUAUACAUUGCGGACAACUUCUGGGAAUAUAUCAAGGACGACCACUUGAGGUCGAGCUUCAUUGAGCUACUGCAACACUUCCCAGAGUUGCAGCAAGACGUUUACGAGCGGAGGAUUCUGGCGCUGAAAGAAUGCGUUGAUCAGAGUCAAGAAGAUAGUGAUACUGACAUGGACUGA